UGGUUCAGUUCCCAUUUCUUGACUUGUAAGCGACAGGACGUGUGUGGUUUGCGCUUUCAAGAAUUAUUAAGUGGGAAAAGAUGGCUAGUACUUUCUCACGUCUCCUCGCUGGUCGGAAAACAGCUGUUCUCUUUGCAACAGUGAGCACGGGUGCCUUGACCACUGGAUACUUGUUGAAUCAGCGGAAUUUGAAAGCCGGAUUCCUUGAGAGAAGAAAACUGUUUCCUCCAAGCGCAGACUAUCCUGAUCUUCGUAAACACAAUAACUGCAUGGCUGAGUGCCUCACACCAGCAAUCUAUGCCAAUUUGAGGGACAAGAUGACUCCCAGUGGCUAUACACUGGAUCAGUGCAUCCAAACUGGUGUUGACAAUCCAGGCCAUCCUUUCAUUAAAACAGUGGGCAUGGUCGCUGGAGACGAAGAAUCUUAUGAGGUAUUUUCUGAGAUUUUUGAUCCAGUGAUCAAAGUGAGACACAAUGGUUAUGAUCCAAAACUCAUGAAGCACCACACUGACCUGGAUGCCUCCAAGAUCACACAAGGGCAAUUUGAUGAACGCUAUGUCUUGUCAUCCCGUGUACGUACUGGUCGCAGUAUUCGGGGACUGAGCCUACCUCCUGCCUGUUCUAGGGCAGAAAGGAGAGAGGUAGAAAAUGUUGUAGUCACAGCUUUGGCUGGAUUAAAAGGAGAUCUUGCUGGAAAGUAUUACAGCCUAACUACAAUGUCAGAGAAAGAACAACAACAGCUUAUUGAUGACCAUUUCCUGUUUGAUAAACCAGUGUCCCCUUUGCUUACAUGUGCUGGGAUGGCCCGUGAUUGGCCAGAUGCCAGAGGAAUCUGGCACAACAAUGACAAAACGUUUCUCAUCUGGAUUAAUGAAGAAGACCACACCAGGGUGAUUUCCAUGGAAAAGGGAGGAAACAUGAAACGAGUCUGUGAAAGAUUUUGCCGUGGACUAAAGGAGGUCGAAAGGUUAAUUAAAGAACGAGGCUGGGAGUUUAUGUGGAAUGAACGCAUCGGAUACAUUCUGACCUGUCCUUCCAAUCUGGGAACUGGAUUACGUGCAGGAGUUCAUGUCAAGCUUCCCAAGCUCAGCAAGGACCCUAGAUUUUCAAAGAUCCUGGAGAACUUGAGAUUACAAAAGCGUGGCACUGGAGGUGUAGACACAGCUGCUGUAGCAGACGUAUAUGAUAUCUCCAACCUAGACCGCAUGGGCCGAUCAGAGGUGGAACUUGUUCAGCUAGUCAUUGAUGGUGUCAAUUAUAUGGUUGACUGUGAGAAGAAGUUGGAAAAAGGUCAAGACAUCAAGAUACCGCCACCACUGCCACAGUUUGGAAAGAAGUGAACCCAU